UGGAGCUGGAGGAAACAAUAACAACCGGCCAAAACACUCUAUAUACUACCGUAUUCGUUGAAUGUGUCGUUAAAUUUAACGUUCGCGUGUCUGUACGUCGACUCCGGCUCCUUUUCCAAUCCAUACUGUGUGUGUCUCGGUUAUGACUGACUUUUUUACCGAAGUGCCCUGAAUUUGUGUUUUCCGCGAAUCCAGCUAUUGGACGGAAGGAUCUUUCGUUAAUGAAUGACUAACUGACGCCGUCGUCGUCGACAUGGAGGCCGAUUCACCACCGGUGCCGCCGAUCGUCGCCAGUGACACGGAAAUCGUCAUUUCCGACGAGGCGGAUCUCCCGGCCGCUCUGAACGACACCACCGAGGAGGCUGAGGCGGACAGCACCAUCCACGGCUUUAACGUCAACUCCAACGUGACUGUUAUCGAGAGGGAGCUGGACAGCUUGGUGAUCGACUCCACCACGGACGUGAAAAAAGUGCAGUGCGAGGGUAGUGACAGUGGCGUGGAGGUGGUGGAGAACCUCGACCUCUGCGUGUACCAGCGUGCUCUCAGUGCCAACAGCGGGAACUCCCAGGACUUUGACAACUUCAACGGGGCUAGAUCGUGUGACUCCUCCAUCAUAAGUUGUUGCUCCAACUACGAGGAGGCUUACAACUUGCUAGUGAGGAAGAACUCCACGUUGUUGGAAGAUUACAAUAGAAAUGGGGACGUCACCAGCGAGAAUGGGAGCGAGAGUUCCUCCAUCAGCGGGUCACAGCCUAGGAGUAAUCGACGCAGCAGUGUAAACGGUACGAAAAAGAAAGUUUCCGUGACUGACGCCAAAACCAAGACUUCAUCAGCGAAAGAUAGAUCGAAGGCGAAGCCUCCAACCAACCCCAGAGCCACAGCAGGCCCCGCCAGACUAAAAUCCAUCGACAGACUUCAGGGAAAAGCACCUCCAAGUCCAAAACUUAGCGGUUUGCGUACAAAAACCGCGCCUAGCAACCUAGAUCUAACCUUAGCGAAAAAGGAAACGAAAAAAUCUACUUCGACUCGUAACGGGUCCGGCACCCGUACCCCUUCGUCAACCCCUACUGAUGACGGAAGAUGGCCGUCAAUCAAUAGCAAACCAGCACCGCUCAUGUCUAGGUCUUUAAAAGCGCAGAUUGACUUAAAGUCCAGAAUAUCCCCAAUGGACACCAAAACUAUAGAGAAAUAUGCCACACUGCCUCGUAGAAGGAAAGAAAAGUCCGCAGACAGCAUAAAGGACCAAAGGAAAGCCACUAGUAGAGAGAACAGCAUGCACCGCAUCGCCUUAAGGAAAAGCUCAAGAGAAACGACUCCUUCCAAAAUGACUAGCUCUUUAUACUUACCCAAAAGUAAGCAAAAGACGAAGAUUUACCACGAAAUCUGUGUUCAAACCGCCCUGACGUUGUCCGAUAUGGAGAAAGCUUUUUCGGGAUUUUCGGUGCCACCGAAAAGUCCAAUUGAUGUUGAAAAAACUGACAAGGACGUGCAGGUAGAUAUGAGGGCACGUGACAUUGAGAAACUCCAAGAUCAGUUGAAGAAAUUGAAUGAGAAGUAUGAAGGUUUGUGUAGCAAACACAAAGCGCAGAGUGAAAAGCUGAAGGAAACUGAGGAAAGACUGAAGGAAGAACGUUUGGAGAAGGAGGGGUUGAAGGAGGAACUGCAGAAUAAUUCUCAGAGGGUGCUGGCCAUACUUGGGGGCGACAAUAGCGUAGCUGAUAAGUCAGAAGACUUACAAGUGACUUUUCCAGAAGCAGACACCUCCAGCGACAGCCUCAUGGUCCUGGAAACUCGUUUCCAGAACGUAGGCCAGGUGGUUAUCCAACAAGAAGAGGAAAUAUCCAAGCUGAACAUUGUAUGCCGAUCCCUUCAAAUAGAUCUCGAGAAGAGUAUAGCCGCGCAAAAGUCGCUGCUGCAACAGCAGCAAGAUCUUGAAGCUGAAAGUAUGGAACUCCAGGAGUUCAUGCAAGCAGAGAAAAUGACACUUCAUGAGGCCUUGAAAGAAUCCGAAGCUGAAUUACAGAAGCAUCAGCAGGUAAUAGCUCAGAAAGAUAAGGAAUUGGCAGAGAAACAGGAAGAGUGUAAACAUUUGGUAAGGUUAAGUGAACAAAGGAGACAAGAAAACCUGGCGCUACAAGCCAGGCUUGGAGUUUUAGAGUCAAAAAGCAGGGAACUCUUAGUCCACCAAGGUAGUUCUGUUUCUGGGGCUUCUGUAGCUCUCUCGGCUUUAAUUGGACGGCUUGAUGGUCUUGUAGAGGAACUUGUAGUUGCUUAUAGUAUAUCAGACAAGGAACUGGAGGAUGUCAUAUUUCACAAUGAAGCUUACAACAACAGCGGCAGCAGUCCAGAGUUGACACCUGAAAAAUCUAGGAAGAUGUUUGUAGACAAAACACCAUCACCACAAAAAGGUUCUUCGUUUGUUUCUGCUGUCAUUAAUGCCAUAAAGAAUGCUGCUGCACAGUCCCCCUUUGCCGUUAGGGACAUCAGCAAGGAUAAUCUAUGUACAGAUCGAUCCAGUUCGAACGAAAUGCUGGAUUCCGAAACCGAACCGUGCCUCAUGAUGGAACACGUCCUAGAAGACGUGGUAAUACCCGAUGGUCACUCGCACAACAUGAUCUCUUCGGGCCACGGAAGCAUGAUCAGUUCUCGGCUCACCCACAGUGAAAGCCUCAAAGACCUUUCUCAAGCCAUCCUAAACCGCCAAAUGUCUGAACAAGCAACUAUAAGCUUCGGCGGUUCCCUAAACAACUCUUUCACCAGUGAUAUAGCUUCACUCGGCGAUCUCUUCCCAUCUAUUUCUUUAGUCGAUCAGGUCAUUGACGUGGAUAACCUUGUAACGAGACUCUUGAAGGUCAUCAGAAUUAUACAAUUGGAGAAUGAUGACUGCAUGAAUGAACUGCAGGAGCAAAGGGACGGUUUGGCGGAGCAGGUGGAUAAACAGAAAGACACAUACAAAGUGGUCGUUAAACAGUUAAAGGAGUGGGAGGUACUUGGUGCGCGAUUGAAAACCGAAGUGAAAGAACUGAUGGCACAAUUGAGUAAGAAGAACGCAGAGAUGGAUAAUAUCAAAACGGAACUGAACAAACAACGGGAAGAAGUAGAGAAACUGAAUCAGGAUGUGUGUGAAUUAUCCACUGCCUUGGCAAAGGCAGAAUUAGAAACGAAAGUGAAAGAAGAAGAAGUGGGAGAGGAAAUAAAGAAGUGGGAGAAAACGGGAGAAAUGCCGACUCCUGAAGUUUUGGGAAGGCUCAUUGUAUCACAGAACGAGAUUCCCAUCCUGAGAGAGAAGUUAGCAGAGAAAGAACGACAUCUGAAGGAAUUGACACAGGAAUUUGUGACUAGUCGGCAAGUUUUGUCAGAAAGUCUGAAAGAAGCAAUGAAUGAAUCGAAAAAACAGUACAAAGCUAUCGAUGACGCGUUAGAAGUUUUCCACGAAAUUCAAACAGUGGUCCAACAGUGUCCACCCUUAGCAAAACUUCAACGUGACUUAGAAGAAAUCAGUUUUCAAAGUGCGUCAGCCAUGCCGAUUGUGGCGCCCCCGGAUUACAACGCAAACGCUGCGUUAAUGCAGGCUGUCGCUAAUCUAGAAAUAACGGCCCCUGCUAUAAAUACCACUGCCUAAGAAUUCACCAAACCCAAUAAAGGCUUUCGAUUUUGUAAAAAUAUAAUUUUAAAAUUUAGGAUUUUUGCAGGGUGAGCGUUACAAAAUUCGAUGUAGAUCAUUAGGAAAAAUGUGAUUACGAAAGAUUUAUAAUAGGUUUAAAGUAUAAAAUAAGUUUUCAACAGGGUGUUUCCUUUAUCCAUAAAUUAAAUACAAUCUUUUUUAUAUAUAUAUUAUGCCGAGGAGUGACUGUAAUUUAAAGUAUUUUUAUUAAUUCGUAAAUUUUGCACAAAUUAACGUUGUUAUUUUUUGGAACACAGAUUUACGUUUGAUUAUUCUAUAUAUUGUAUAUGUAUAGAUAUAAAUGUAUAAUCAAAUAUAAAAAUUUUUGUUAGGGAUCAAAUACUUAAAUCAAAAAUUUAAAUUUUAUUUCUUAGAAAUUUAAUUGAAACUCAAGUUAAUUCAAAGUUCAAAAAUGGUUGUGAAUUUUUUUUAAUAUUCGGCCAAAAAGUUCUUGUAAAAAUUAAGAUGCUAGUUUUCCGAAGAAGCAAGGCAUAUUUUCAAAUUUUCGCACAUUUUCCUAUCGGGAAGUAUGAUUUAUCAUCUAUACUCUUCCGUGAAAAUCCAGCUCGCAGGACCAAAAAUUUUAAGGUUAUGAGACCAAAAUGUCAUGUUUAAAAUUUUAAAACGUCAUUUCUUGGUUUUUACAUUAUCACAUCAUGAUACUGAUUUUGUUUUUUAAUACACAUUCAUUCUAUUUUCUAAUAAAGGGUAAAAUUUAUUAGCAAAUAGAUAUUAGGUAUUAUUAUAGACGAAGUAAACAUAUCAGUAUUCUGAUUAAGCUGCUUAUUUACUAUGUAUUUGGAAGAUGUAUUGCUUUUUUGAAAGAAAAUAUUUACAAGCUCAUUUUAAGAGAACGACAAAUCGUAGCUCUAGUCUAACAAAUACUUUAAGGUUUUUGUUUUAGAUUUUUUUUCACCCUGUAUUGAAAAUAAAACUUAUAGCGUUAGAUUAUAAGAAAUUAUAUAUUGCCAUUGUUUCCACCUUUCCUGUAAAUAUUUUUGUAUAUUUUUAGUUUGUAACAUAGUGUUUUAACUGUAGACGUAGGCUUUAACUUCCUGAAAAUUUUGAAGGCUGAUCAAUGCCAUUUUACCUGUUAAACGUCCAAAACGAAUUAUUCCCCGUUGUGAGCGUUACAAGUUUUCGUGAGGUUUGUACCCGAUGUAGUUGUGAGAUGUAAUUAUUCCACGCUUUUCUUUCGAUUCACAAUCAAAUUUUAUGAUGGAGCUUCUUUUGUAUCGUUUUUAUUUCAAUUGGUGCUUUUGACGAAAUACAUAUUUUUAGAAUGUAUUAUAAUGCCAUUAUUGUAAAUACAUUUAUUUAUUAGUUA